CGCAAUAACUCAGAAUCUUUCUUUCACCUUUAUAAUAUAUAUGUGGACUCCAUUCUUUCCCAAUCAUUCAUUCUCCCCUUCUGUUCUAUAUUAGCAGCAACCUUGGAAGCUCAUAUAACACACGAGCGUUCUUCUUCUUCUUCUUCCUGCAUCAAUGGUUUUAGUUGAUAGUGGUGCUGGCAAAGAUGCUGCUAAUGAUGAAGCCAUCCUGGAUUUUCGUGGAAAUCCAGCCGACAAGUCGAGGACUGGUGGAUGGCUGGCCGCAGGCCUCAUCUUAGGAACCGAACUAUCGGAGAGGAUAUGUGUGAUGGGGAUAUCCAUGAAUUUAGUUACCUAUUUGGUUGGAGUUUUGCAUCUUUCAUCAUCCAAGUCUGCAAACACUGUAACAAACUUCAUGGGAACUCUCAAUCUCCUCGGCCUUCUUGGCGGCUUCGUCGCCGAUGCCAGACUUGGCCGUUAUCUGACCGUCGCAAUCUCAGCUUCCAUUACUGGUCUGGGAGUGAUGUUGUUGACACUGGCCACGAGCAUCCAUAGCAUGAGGCCUCCUCCCUGCAGGGACUCAAGCAAACAGCAGUGCAUUGAAGCCAACGGCCACCAACUAGCUCUGCUCUACGCCGCCCUCUACAUGAUAGCGCUGGGCGGCGGGGGGAUAAAGUCCAACGUCUCGGGGUUCGGGUCGGACCAAUUCGACAUCAGAGACCCCAAGGAGGAGAAGUCCAUGAUCUACUUCUUCAACAGGUUCUACUUCUGCAUCAGCACCGGCUCCCUGUUUGCUGUGACAAUUCUGGUGUACAUUCAGGACAAUGUGGGAAGAGGAUGGGGAUAUGGGAUUUCAGGAGGAACAAUGAUCAUAGCGGUUGCAAUCCUGCUCUGUGGAACCCGGCUUUAUCGCUACAAGAAGCCCCGGGGCAGCCCCUUAACAGUUAUUUGGAGGGUUGUGUUCUUGGCCUGGAAGAAGAGGAAUCUCCCUUACCCUAGUGAUCCUAGCCACUUGAAUGAGUACCACAGGGCCAAAGUCUCCCACACACACAAGUUCAGGUGUCUGGACAAGGCUGCAAUAUUGGAUGCCCAUGGAGCUGCAGACGAAAAUAGGAGCAACCAUUGGAUAGUCUCAACUGUGACAGAGGUGGAAGAGGUGAAAAUGGCGAUAAGGCUGGUGCCAAUAUGGUCCACAUGUAUCCUCUUCUGGACAGUCUACUCACAGAUGAACACCUUCACGAUUGAGCAAGCUACCUUCAUGGACCGGCAUAUGGGCUCCUUUGUUGUCCCUGCAGGCUCCUUCUCCGUCUUCCUCUUCCUCACCAUUCUCCUAUUCACGUCCCUAAACGAGCGUGUCUUCGUCCCCCUGGCGCGAAAAAUCACCCACAGCGCGCAAGGGAUCAGCAGCCUCCAAAGGGUUGGAAUGGGGCUGAUUCUGUCAGUGAUUGGCAUGGUGGCUGCUGCCAUGGUCGAGAAGCGAAGAAGAGACGUGGCGGUGGAGCGGAAGACACAAAUAAGCGCCUUCUGGCUGAUCCCCCAGUUCUUCUUGGUGGGCGCGGGGGAAGCCUUCGCUUACGUUGGACAGCUCGAGUUCUUCAUCAGAGAAGCACCAGAAAGGAUGAAAUCCAUGAGCACAGGGUUCUUCCUCAGCACCCUCUCGAUGGGCUACUUUGUGAGCAGUCUGUUGGUGUCAUUGGUGGAUAAGGUGACAGAUGGGAGCUGGCUUAGAAGCAACCUGAACAGAGCAAAGCUCAAUUAUUUCUACUUGACGCUUGCUGUGCUGUCACUGCUCAAUUUCUUUGCUUUUCUCACCUUUGCAACCAGACACCAAUACAAAGUCCAGCAAUAUCAGUAUGGUCCUAGUGAUGGGGAGAAGCAGCUCAAGGAUUGGAACAAUGACAAAGUUGAAGACACAGAGAACAAUCAUUGAGCCAAGGAUAAGGAUGAAGCUUGACACCCUCUCCUUUCCAACAUCAUAUUUAUUAUAAUCUCCAAAUUAAUUACUUAGAAACAUAUAAAAUAUAUGUGUGUGUGUGUGUGUGCAUUUUUAGCCCCUAUGGCAGGGAAAUUAUCCUAGUUGAAUU